UCUAUGUAUUUUUUUCAGUCAAAUCUUUCAUCAUACAUAAAUUCCAGCUGGUCAAAACAAGUUUUUCUACAAUUUCAAAAAGUAAAGAGACGAAAGUUCAUCACAACAUCAUGUUCAUAAUCUCAACGAUUUGUUUAACUCCUCCAAUCUAUAUACACACUAUCAAGAUACAAACUUAAAAAUCCACAUUCUUCACCCUCAGAGUUUCUCAAUUACAUUCUAGGAAAAUUACAAUGGGCAAUAAAACAAUAUUGCUUAUUCUCUUUAACCUAAUUCUAUCAUGUUUUCCACCAAAUAUAUUUGCAAUGACUCAAAAGGUUUCACUUUCCCGUAUUUUCAAACAAAAGCAAUUGAAAAAGAAUGGCAUUGAUAAAAUCGAGUUCAACGUCACGGAUGCUAUUCAUGAAGUACAAAUUCUAGCACAAGAAGGGCUCAAAGAGAAAGACCUAGUCGAGAGUUUGCCCGGACAACCAAGUAAGGUCAGUUUUAACCAGUAUGCAGGAUAUGUCACUGUUGAUCAAAAGGCCGGCCGAGCCUUCUUUUAUUAUUUUGUGGAAGCUCAACGUUCUCAAGAUAAAUCGCCCCUUCUUCUCUGGCUCAAUGGAGGACCUGGAUGUUCUUCUUUAGGUUACGGAGCAAUGGAAGAGAUUGGCCCAUUUCGAGUUAAUAGGGAUGGCAAGACACUCCACAAAAACCCCUAUGCAUGGAACAAUGUUGCAAACGUUCUGUUUUUGGAAUCUCCUGCUGGGGUUGGAUUUUCUUAUUCAAACACGACGUCUAAUAACUUGACCACGGGCGAUACAAACACGGCAAAGGACAAUUACGUCUUUCUAUUGAACUGGUUUGAAAGAUUUUCAGAAUAUAAAGAUAGGGAAUUUUAUAUUGCUGGUGAAAGUUAUGCUGGACAUUACGUGCCUCAGCUAGCGCAAACUAUUAUGCAUCACAAUAAGAACCUUAACAACACUAUGAUCAUCAAUCUUAAAGGAGUCAUUAUUGGAAACGCUGAUAUCGAUGAAGAGGCGGAGACCAUAGGACUAUGGGUAUAUUUGGGAAGUCAUGCUUUGAUCUCGGACGUCACCACAAGUAAAGCUCUAAAAUAUUGUAAUUUUUCUACCUUCGCAACCACAGAACCUCGUGAAUGCGAAGAAGCUGUUGAAGAAUCUGGCAAAGAGAGUGGUAAAAUUGAUUUCUACAAUAUUUAUGCUCCUGUAUGCACAAAUUCCAGCCUCACGAAAAAGAUUUCAGCAAUGAGUCCAGAUCCAUGUAUUGAUGACUAUAUCAAUGCCUACUUUAACAGGGCAGAAGUUCAAAAGGCACUCCAUGCCAACAUCACCAAUAUUCCUUAUGUUUGGCAAAUUUGCAGCGAUGUCGUCUACGAUAACUGGAAUCAAAGUUCGUACACUGUCAUCCCGAUUCUCGAAGAGAUUAUGGCUAAUGGGAUUCGACUUUGGAUUUACAGGUAACAACUAUAUGCAACCAAAAUAGAAAAUUUAUUUACACGUGUCUUAAUUAACUUUAGCUCUUCCAAAAAUCUGAAAAUGCAAACUCAGAUUUUACGAGUUAUCAAUGUACAAAUUAAAAUUAUUGAGCAAAUUAAUUUACACAUAUGCAUUUAUUUAUAUAUGUGUAUGAAAAUGGUUUGAUGUGUAAGUGCAGUGGGGACAUAGAUGCAGAAGUGCCAGUAACAUCAACCCAACUAUCUAUUAAAAAGAUGAAACUUCACACUCAAACUCAUUGGCAUCCUUGGUACCUUCAAGAAGAAGUUGGUGGCUAUACACAAGUGUAUCAUAACCUGACAUUUGCUACAGUUCGAGGGGCUGGACAUGACGUGCCUAUGUAUCAACCACAAAGAUCAUUUUACCUCAUUAGCCACUUUAUUGCCGGGAAACCCCUCUAAAUUUCACCCACAAGAAAUUGACAUCUCAUCUAGCUUAUUGCCUUCUGAAUUUUGAUUCCAACUAUAACUUAGAUGGCAACAUAUAUAUUACCAAAUAGGUUAAUUGAAUCAUGUGAAAACCAGUAAAAUUCAAAAACAAAAAACAACAACAAUAUCCUAAGGGUGCGUUUGGUUACCCUUAUUGGAGGUGAUAUCCCUUAGUUUGUUAGCACAUGUGGACGUUUAACUUAUUUGGUUAGAAUGGAAAAAGCCUGUAAAAUGGCCCAAGCCUGGUAUUCAUUCCCACAGUUUUUUUACUCUGUAUCCCUCCUUUUUUAUGGGAUACAAUAUCACCACAUUUAUCUACUUGGGUUAAUGACUAAUUUAACCUUCUUUAAAUACCAAAAACCUGUUGCAUCGGUAUAGAUAUUAGAUGUAAAAAUUACACACAAAAUUGUAAAAAUCUCGCAGAUCUGGGCGAUGGAUGCCUCUCAUUUUUUGCCCGUCGUUAAUGAUUGUGGCGUCGAACAAAAGGGAUGACGGCGAACAGCGAUGGACGACUGGGGGAAUCUAAACCACAACAAAAAAUGGCUCACUUUAUGCCUAUUCUUUUCGGGGCAUCUAUCUCCUUUUAGUUUGUGA